AUGGUAACUCAAGAACCACUUUUGGAAAAAGCCCUUUACUACUCCAUAGAUGGUUAUGAAUCAGAUGAGGCCCUCUCUUUAUGUGACCUUCCUUUGCACAGUGAUCUGGUACAUACUGUCCAAGAAUCUCAACAAGAUCCACUCGAACAAGAUCACCAUUUCGAGUUUUUUUUCCCAUCCUCCCCAAGUUUCCCGCCAGAAAACAUCAUCUUCUGCGGGAAAAUCAUAACCCCCGACAAGAAAAGCUCAAGCAAAGAGGCGUCAAAAAAACCAGCCGAGAUAAUGAAAAUCAAGAAAAGGCGCGGUUGGGGCUUAAUCAGAUGGAUGGUUAGUUCGAGCCGAAAGGGAACAACCAUAAUUCACAAGGACCACUUGCUCUUGUUUGGUAAAUCAUCAAGAUUAUCGAGUCAACACAAGGUGGAACUAAGGGACAUUAAGAUCAGACAGAGUAGCCGCCAGCUCAGCCAAUCGGACGGCGGUGGUUCUGGGUUGUCCCGGUUGAUCAGAUUGCUGAGUUGUGGCGGCAAACACCACCCCAGCGCCAUGGUCGUCAAGUCCACGAGGGGUAUUUUCGACUUUCCGGAGAUAUAG